AUGGAGGGAAAUGUUUCCGUGGGGGAUGAAUUCAAAUUUGAUGGUGUUUUGGAUCCGCCCCCGAGAAUUUUCGAGAGGCUCUCCCAAAUUGCUGGUUACACUUGGGAUGAAUCAAAAGAACCUUUUCACUCUAGCUAUGAUAACUGGCAGGUCAAUGGAACUAAACAUACAUCUACCCAAAGUCGACAUAUUAACACAACGUCGCGCUCCGAUCAAAACCCCUCCCGACCGGGAACCAGAGGUACAAGUAAGACCAGAAACGCGGACAGUGAACAUGGAGGAAGCGAUUCCGGUACCCUUCACGAUGACGACUCCGACCAAGGCAGCAUUAAGAGCGCACACACUAGUUCCAGUGGCAUGCCAGUCAUCGCGCGCAUAUCAUCCCACGCUCUCAGAGAAGAGAGGGCCUUCCAUAUAUGCCAAAAUGUAAUAAGGUCAGUGGAUCCGGACGGCAAUCACAUUAUAAAGCCGGUAGAUCUGGUGAGGUUACCGACGCAACAAGGUGAUAAAGGUUUUAAUGUGGUUUGCAUUUUCGAGCAUCCGGGUAACAACUACUUGCAAAAAAUGGUGGAUUACGGGCCGGCUUGGUACAAGGGAAGGAAGGUUGGGAAUAGGCAUGAGGCAUUUCGGAAUGAUUCAUUCUCGCCGGGUGAUGUGGUACCGUUGCAAACGUUUUUGGACUUUGCCGUGGGAGCCACGGAGUGCUUGGAAAUUCUUCACCAUGGUCAGAGGCCUCUUGUACAUGGAGAAAUAAGGGGAGAUGCUUUUCAUAUGAAUGUGGAAACAGGUCGGGUCAAGUUAAUCAACUUUGGUUCAGGAUUGCGAACUUUCGAACAUGGCCUCACAAGUACGGGAUGGUCGACAUUGUCGAAAGAGUUAGGCGCGAAGAACAAACUUACAUUCAUGUCACCAGAACAGACGGGCCGCAUGCCUGCUGAACCUGAUAGUCGCACGGAUAUUUACUCCCUUGGAAUAUUGUUUUGGACUAUGCUCACCCAACAGGCUGCUUUCGAAGGGGAAACUCCAAUGGAUAUUAUACAAGGUGUUCUAGGGCGACGUCUUCCGUUGGUCUCUAGUGUCAGACUAGAUAUUCCCGACGUCAUUAGCAAAAUCAUCCAGAAGAUGACAGCCAAAAACAUCAGUGAAAGAUAUCACAGUGUCAGUGGCUUGCGAUACGACCUUGUAGAAGUACGGAGGCUCUUGGGAGCAGGAGACUCUGUUGCCUUGAAAAAUUGGCGUAUUGCCACGAAAGACGUUUCUUCAUUUUUCAUACUCCCCUCUAUUAUGAUAGGAAGGUCGAGCGAGCAUGAUGAAGUAGUUAAAAUUAUCGACAAGGUUUCUAGACGUCAUAUCACGUCGCAGCGACAGGAUCAAAGCAGCUUAUCUUCUAGCUCCAGCUUAUCUGAUGGACGCCUUGAUUCCUUCGACGCGGCUAUGGGCGGGGGAGACUUCUCCAGUGAAGAGAAUACAAGUUCUGCCGAGGGAAGGUCAAAUUCGUUUAGUACUAACAAUAUGUUAUUCCCAUCGGAAUACAGAAGUCAUAGGAGUAACUCGAGUCAAUUCCGAUCUCCGGGAAAUUCCCAAGAGAAUUUUUUGGACGAAUCUAAUCGUUCAAAUUUCCCAGGAUUUUCUUCGAGCAGGCUCCUCAACGAAAUCCGACAUGUUAAGCACAAUGGCGUUGGAAUCACUCGAAUUGUGCUCAAGCCGUUGAAUGAAGACGACAUUUUAGAGUAUAUUUCGGCCACUCUUUGCCGGCCCAAGAAUGAGAUAAUUCCCUUGUGCGCAGUGAUACAAUCGAAGACGGCUGGCAAUCCCUUCUACAUUCGCGAGAUGUUAGAUAGUUGUCACAGGAAACAAUGUAUAUGGUAUGACUACAAGGAUAAUCUUUGGAAGUACGAUCUCGAUAGGAUUUUCAAGUACUUCGAAACCAAGAAUUACAAUGAGGUACUAAACACCGAGUUUGUCACAAGCCGUUUGAAUGAAUUACCUCCAGCUUCGAGGUCCAUUCUUGCCUGGGCCUCCCUCGUGGGAACGACGUUUUCAUUUGAACUCAUUCAAAGACUUAUGAGUGGCGAGUUUGAUUCCGAGGAUAACAUGAUUGGAUGUGUACCAGAUGGGCACUAUUGUUUGUCACAUACUCAACAAGACGCCAUUGGUGGGCUUCAAGCUGCUAUUCAGGCUUAUAUAAUUGUCGCAACACAGGACGACGAUCGAUUCCGUUUUGCACACGAUCGCUACAUCCAAGCUGCGUCGUCAUUAAGGGAGUGCAAUGGCCCCACGAUGCACUUCAUCAUUGCACAGACGCUUAUGAAAUACUACAGUGCUGAUGAGCGAUCUCGAGAUGUGACGGCAUCACACAUCUGUGAAUGUGUGGAUGUUAUUGUUGAAAAAGUACUACACAGACAUUCUUUCAGGAAAUUACUCUUCGAGUGCGCCACGAUUGCUGCUGAGAGUGGAGCUAGACCGACUGCAGCUAGAUUUUACGCUGUAUGCUUUCGCUUGUUGCAAAAAGAUCCAUGGAAUGACAACAAACCAGACUGCUACUAUGACGAGACACUUCAACUCUAUACUCGAGCUGCGGAAUGCUAUCUAUAUAUGGGACACUAUCAGGAAACGAAACGAGUAUUGGCAAUCAUCUUCGAAAAUGCACAAACUCCGGUGGAUAAAUCUCCGGCUUGGGUGCUUCAAAGUCGUACCUUUUCACAAGAAGGUGAUUCAUUCAGUGCGUUUGAGGCACUGAAACAAUGUUUGGCAGCUUUAAAUAUUGAGGUGGACGAAAAACCCAGUUUCGAGAAGUGUGACCUCGAAUUUGAACGUCUCUCUUCGCAAAUUCGGUCGAUUGACCAGAAACUGGUUAUUGAUAAGCCAAUGAUGAAAGAUUCUAAUCUUGCCGCUGUUGGCGCGGUAUUGGUGGAAACUAUUAGUGCUGCUUUUUGGUCUGAUACUUUGACAUUCUACCAAAUGACAAUUGUCAUGAUUCAAACCCACCUAAAGCGGGGCAGUUUUCCUCAAGCCGGAAUUGCAUUUCUUCACCUGGCCACUAUUGCAAUCACAAGAUUUAAUAUGAUUAAAUUUGCAAGUGACAUGGGCAAUGUCUCACUAGCCCUCAUGGACAGAUGGCGGGACAUUUACACAUUAGGUCGGGGUGGAACCAUUUAUUCGCUUUUCGUUGGGCAUAUCCAUUGGCCACUCUCCCAAUCAGCCGGCCAAUUGGAAAGUGCACUCGAGUAUACCAUCCAGGCUGGUGACAGGAUAUCGACAAUUCUUAAUUUCGGUUUUGUUGGCACACUAAAGUUCUUUGCUUCAGAGAACCUGGCAGAUCUUGAAUCUUUCUGUACUUAUGGUUGUGAGGAAGUGCCUGAUUGGCAGAUGGACUGUAGAGGAGGAACGAUGCUCAUUGUUCUUCGACAAGUAUGCAGAGCGCUGCAAGGUAAGACGAUAACUAGCUCUCCAACCGAGUGCCUAAAUGACGCAUCGCACAACUCCUUAUUGUACAAAGCAUGGCUGAGAAAUGCUAUAACCAAUAGUGAUCGGUCGAUCAUGAUUUAUGAAGGAUUUGAGGUUGUACCACUUUUUCUCUACGGGCACUAUCAAGCAGCCAUCAACUUGGGUGAGACCUUUUUGGAACAAGUAGAUUCGUUGUGGUCGAUCCGAAACACGCGUUUCUUGAUGUUCUUUCACGGCCUCUCCUUGGCUGCAUCUUUAUGGGUAAAAAUUAAGGAUCCUGUUCGAUCGGCGACCAAAAACUUCAACGGCAACGUUAAAUCAAGUCUUGGUGAUGCAUUGGAAGACACCAAGAAAAAGGUUUCAUACUUCAAGAAAAAGAUCGAGGAUUGGCAAGUAGUUUCGGAUGCCAAUUAUUUGGCUUGGUCGAAGUUACUUACAGCUCAGGUAUCUGAAAUGGAGAACGAUCAUGGAGGGGCACUGAGGCAUUACGAAGAAGCUUUGGACCAUGCUUCUUCACAUGGCUUCGUUUUUGAAGAAGCCCUUGGCAAUUUUCUCCUUGCAGGAUUUCUCUUACGCGCUGGGUCUCGAAGGCCAGCAAAGGCUGCAUUAGUAGAAACAAUUAUGCUUUGGAGGCAGAUUGGAGCAGGUGGCAUUGCUCGGCAUAUUGAGAUGGAACACAGUCUUCUCCUGCAAGGACCUACUCGCAUUCUUCGGUAUUCCGAAGCUAGCACGCAAACAGAUUUCGCUGGUGACUCUGCGUCUGCACCAUAUCAUACACUCGAGGGAGAUGAGAGUGACGAGCAACAACGAGCUCAUACCAACGUUGCCGAAACGAAAGGCGACAGAAUUGGUGCCUGGCAAGGAGGCUCAGCAAGACCUGAUGCAGGAUCUGGGCUUCCAGCUCUAGAUAUGCUAGAUUUAACAUCUAUUCUCGAAAGCUCGCAAGUCAUUUCCAGUGUGCUUCAGGUUGAUGAAUUGCUUAAAACCAUGUGCGAAAUUAUAUUGCAGAAUUGUGGAGGCUUGGCAUCACUUGCUGCAAUCGUCGUCGAAGAAGAUGAUCCUGUUGGCUGGAGCAUAGCCGCUAGUGGCAAUCCAGAGAAAGGUGCUGUGGCUCAUAUACCCGGGCUACCAUUGAAUGAAACGGCAUUGGUUGCUGAAGGUGUCAUUCUUUAUUGCACUCGAUUUCGCGAAACUGUCUUCCUACCUGAUCUCAUAAAUGAUGAAAGAUUUAGUAACGUUAGCCCUGCUUGGUCUGCCCGGAAUCCUUUGGGAAAAUCGGUCAUUGCCAUUCCAAUCUGUCAUGGCAUCAAACCAUUGCUUGGUGUCCUUUACCUGGAAGGCCAACCAAAUGCUUUUACAGAUAGGAAUCUUACGGUCCUACAAUUACUAGUCAACCAAAUUGGCAUUAGUUAUUCAAAUGCCUUGACCUUGAAAGAAGUGGAGAAAGUUUCGGCUUUCAACAAUUCCAUGGUUGAUGUGCAGAGGAGGGCUUUGGCUAAAGCUUUGGAAGCAGAGACGAACGCCAACUCUGCAAAAGCGGAGGCACUUCACAAUGUUAAAUUAGCAGAGGAAGCCGCUAAAGCUAAAUCUAUCUUUCUCGCCAACGUAUCACAUGAAUUACGUACUCCUCUAAAUGGGGUGAUAGGUAAUUCAGAACUCCUUCGAGAUAGCGACCUUCGCAAGGACCAAGCUGAGAUGGCGGACUCCAUUCGUGUCUCUGCCGAUCUAUUACUCACCGUCAUUAAUGAUAUUCUUGAUUUCUCCAAGAUGGAAGCUGAUAAGAUGAAGCUCUUCAUUGUAGCAUUCAAUGCUGACGAGAUGAUACGAGAAGUUGUUCGAUCCGUUUCCUAUAGUAACAGAGACAAAAGGAGCUCUCGGAAUGUGGAAAUAAUCCAGGAUAUCAAUCUUCCACAAUAUCUGAUAUACGGAGAUCCCGUUAGACUCCAUCAAGUUCUUGGCAAUCUCAUUGGAAAUAGUUUAAAGUUCACCGAGAACGGAUCUAUCACGGUCGGUGCUAAAACUGAUUGGGAAACCAAAGAUACUGUUAAAUUGACGUUUUGGGUCAAAGAUACUGGAAUUGGCAUACCAAGACAACAGCUCCUCAAAUUAUUUAAGCCCUUCUCUCAAGCAGACAAUUCUACAGCUCGUCGUUACGGUGGAUCUGGUCUCGGCCUUAGUAUUUGUAAGUCACUCAUACAAUCCAUGAUGGGUGGGCAAAUCGAACUUGAGAGUGUUGAAAAUCAAGGCACAAUUGUUUGGUUCUGUGUAACUUUCAAUAAGGCCAACCCGGAGGUUUCUGCUGGGGACAGUCAAAAAGAACCCCCGCGCGAGCUUGUACAUAGAUCCGUCAAAGCCCCAGGAACACAACCACCUACUACCGAGUUUAAUGAUUUCUCACAUGUCAGUCGAGAGAAUUUGCGAAUUUGUAUUGCUGAGGAUAAUCCCAUCAAUCAAAAAAUUGCGAUUCAAUUCAUGCAAAAGUUGGGGUUCAACAUCAUUGAUGCUUACGACAAUGGUUUGGAGGCUGUAGAAGGUGUGAGGCAAAAAGCCCGAGAGGGAAAUCCAUACCAUAUUAUACUCAUGGAUGUACAAAUGCCUGUUCUUGAUGGAUAUGAAGCGACUAAAUUGUUACGCAAAGAUCCAAAUGAUGCUGUUAGAGGUAUUCUUGUCAUUGCAAUGACGGCAUCGGCUAUUCAAGGGGAUCGAGAAAAGUGCUUGGCUUCUGAUGCUAAGAAAGUGGCAAAAGAUGUCCUUCGGGAAGCAAAAGAUGACAAGGAUUUAAAUGGAGCAAAUGCUCCUGCACUUCCAACUGCAAAAGAUGCUUUUAUAGAUUCUAAUGAACGAAGUGCUGAAUCCUCACCUUCAAAUCAAACACCAACACAGAAUAUUUCUGGAACUGCUACACCUACGCCACUUCAUCCUUAUGGAAGUAUCAAGGAUGAACCUCAUCGUUUAUCAGUUUCCCAAAUAGACAUGGAAGAUUUUAAUAAGACACCCACUGGGGAAGGACAUCAAUUAAGCGAUGGGAUUUCGGGAGUACACGAGGUAAAUGGAACUAGAAGAUCUGCAAGGCCAAGCGAAGAAUUAUCACCUAAGAUUGAAGUCGAUGUUGAAGUUGCUGGCGAGAGGGAGAGGGAAGGAUUUGCAGAUGAUGCAUUAGAGAAUAAGGAUCAAGGAUGA